AUGGAGGUAGUUGGUGAAAUUGUGGAGGACCUUAUGAUGCUCGCGCAGCAAGUUGAAGAUAGUACAUCCUCUACUGAUUUCCUCUUACUCAGAAGCCAUUUAGUUUUGGAUAAAUUAAAUGAGUUUGUGGCCUUGACCAACAGCAACAUCAGUAAUGUUGUCUUCGCCAACCUCAAUGAAGUAGCUUACAGGCUUUUUGUGAAGGACAGGACAACUAAAGGACCAGGACGCCCUUUACUGGACAUACCACAAGAGAUGAUCGAGUACUACGUGAUAUGUGGUUACUCAUGUGUCCAGCUUGCGCGCCUGCUUGGAGUAUCUGAGCGAACUAUACGUAGAAGACUAGAACAGCAUGGAUUAAGGGCUAGAGAUUUGUACUCUGAUGUCACUGAUGAUGUAUUAGACAACAUUGUGGCAGAAAUACAAAGACAUUACCCAAACGCUGGGUACAGGAUUAUACAUGGUCAUCUUCGGGCCCAAGGUCUUCAUAUUCAGACUUCAAGGGUGCGCGAGUCUGUGCGAAGAGUCGAUCCACUGGGAACUCAGCUGAGAGCAUUAGCAAUAUGCACACGUCAUCGCCGUCAAUACUCUGUCUCAGGACCAAAUGCAAUGUGGCAUAUAGACGGAAACCACAAGCUAAUAAGGUGGAGGUUCGUCAUUCAUGGAGGCAUUGACGGCUUUAGCCGCUUAAUCGUUUACCUAAGUGCUGCGACAAACAACCGGGCAUCAACUGUUGUUGACAGUUUUAUUGGAGCAGUUCAGAAGUUUGGACUCCCCUCUCGAGUGCGCUCAGACAAGGGCUUGGAGAACAUUGAAGUGGCACACUUCAUGGUGGCACAUAGGGGAGAGAACCGCAACUCACACAUAACUGGAAGAAGUGUCCACAAUCAAAGGAUUGAAAGGUUAUGGAGGGAUGUCUAUGAACAGGUCUUAGACCUGUUUUACUGCCUGUUCUAUGGAAUGGAGAGUGAGAGUUUGCUGGAUCCAGAUAAUGAGGUGCACCUAUAUGCACUACACUGGAUUUUCCUGCCUCAGUUGCAAAGGCAUCUUAAUCUGUUCCAGGAGGCUUGGAAUAACCACAAAUUAAGGACCACGGGUAGCCAAUCCCCUCUACAGUUGUGGACAACAUUUCAAACUACUGAUGAUCCAGACCAGGCGAGUGAUGACUUCGGAAUAGACUGGGAGGGACCAUGCAGUAAUGAAAUGGAGGGAGUUGCAGUCCCACAAGCACUACUGCAGAGAGAGUUGACUGUUGCAGAGGUGGAUACCUUACCCAGUCCUAAUGUUCUUCUUACAGAAGCAGUGGAUGCUUACUGUGAAACGGUGCUACAGCUAACUCGUUUAUUUGGAUAGAUCAACUACUCACCCAAAUAUGCUUGCACAAUGUCUUCAUUCACAGAAGUGUGUGUCGGUGCUAGGUUUCACCCCUUCAUAUGAGUGUUCUGAAUUUGCGAAAUUCAAUAAAAAUGCUGUCUGUUGCAGUUAAACCUG